AUGACCGCAAUAAUUUUUAACUCUUGUUCAGGUAGUUUUGGCAAUGUGUACAGAGGAACUCUUGGUCCCGACGGAAAAAUCGUGGCCAUCAAGGUUUUGAAUCUCCAGCAGAAAGGAGCUUUCAAGGGCUUCUUGGCCGAAUGCAAAGCACUCAGCAGCAUUCGGCAUCGUAACCUUGUUAAGAUCUUGACUGCUUGUUCGAGCAUCGACUCCCGUCGUAAUGACUUCAAAGCCUUGGUAUACGAGUUCAUGGUAAACGGCAACUUGGACGUUUGGUUGCACCCAAACGAUGAACACAUGCAGUUCAAACCUUUGAGCUUCCUGCAAAGAUUGAACAUCACGAUUGAUGUGGCCUCUGCUUUGGAUUAUCUUCACCACCUGUGCCGAACUCCAAUCAUCCACUGUGAUCUGAAGCCAAGCAACAUUCUUCUCGACGAUGAUUUCACAGCUCACAUCAGUGAUUUUGGAUUGUCGAGGCUCAUUUUCAAUUCUAACAAAGACAUCUUUUCGGGUCAUCCUAGCUCCUCUGCUUUUCAGGGAACCAUGGGUUACAUUGCUCCAGAAUAUGGAAUGGGCGUUCGUCCAUCAACAAGUGGGGAUGUGUACAGUUUCGGAAUUCUCUUGUUAGAGAUGUUCACUGGAAGACGACCGACGGACAACAUAUUUAAAGAGAAUUUUAACCUUCAGAAGUUCGUCAAGUCAGUGUUGUCAAAGCGAGCAACGGGGAUUUUGGAUCAGUCAAUUUUCUGCGGGGAAGUAGGCGAAAGCAUGGACAAGGAGGGGAUAUGGAGAGACUGUGUAAUCGACCAAGCUGAAUGUCUGAUAUCGGUUUUUGAGAUCGGAUUAAUUUGCUCAGCAGAAUCACCAAAAGACAGGAAGGACAUGAAUGGAGUUGCAGGGGACUUGCUCUCAAUCAGAGACAAGUUUCUCAAAACCGGCAUCCAUGAGGAUAGAAUACAAAGCCCUGCACCGAGGGACAGGUGCGAGGAGGUGACCUGUUCCACCUCCGGUUUUUGAGUGGGACGGGGGGAAACUGUGAAUAGAGGCGGGCACAACGUAGCUUGUUAGAGCCACGCGGCUCUUUCCAUGUCAAUGGCGGGCUAGCUUGGGCAUCUGCGAAGUCCUUCGUCCAUAACUGAGCUACCAGGGAGGGCCUUGGACUUUGAGGGGCUUCAGCUUGCUAGCGGGUGAGCCUCCAAACCAGCAGCUUCUGGUUGGUCAGCAAGCAAAACUAGCACGCUCUGCAUAAUAAAUAAAACAUGGACUUCGACUAUUCCUAUGGUUAUUUUCCUGUUAUGAGACAUCUAUAUGUACUUGGGUCCGGUCACGUUGUUGUGAGAUCCUAUGAAACCAUCCGUCGAGAACGAGAGCCUUCCGAGAGUCCUUGAGGCGGUGAUGGAAGGUCUCCAUGCACUCCUGUAGUGUAUGGAUGGAUUUCCUUCUUAUGUCCUCCAGCCAACUUGUCUUUCUUCUUUUCUGGGAAAGUAGAGACAGCAACGUUGAUACUGAUACUGUCCAAUCGGUUCCGCAACGGCUCAGUUUUCUGCUUAUUCCAUGAUCUGUCUUGAGAAUCCAGCAAUGGAUUCCUAGUUCCAUAAUUAAG